AUGAGCAGCGCACUUGUGAAGCCAUCUUUUUUUAACCCAUACAUCGACUUCAAGAAAAACCAACGCAUCUUUGUCGACCCUACAGGAACGGGGCACUGGGAACCAGAAGUUUGGGAACCGCCUUGCGAACUUUUAGAACAACCGACGGGGUAUAAAUUGAAAAUGGAAAUCCCUGGUGUUGAUAAGAAGUCGCUGAGUGUCAAAUACGCGAACAACUGGAUAGUCAUUUGCGGGUCAAGACAACUUGAAGGGAAACUUGAGUUCACUGAGUUCUUGUAUGGGAAUUUCAGAAGGGAAAUCCCAUUGCCGGCAGAUGUGGAUGGGGCCAAAUUAAAAGCACAAUAUCAUGAUGGGACACUCAUCGUUAAUAUUCCGAGAGCAUCUCCGAUGGGAUGGGUCAAGGUGGAUGUUAAUUAA